UUAGUGGCUGCACAUAUUUAUCUCUUGUCUUUGGCUCUCCAGAUGUGUUCAGCUAGCUUCCAGUAGUGCUGCUGUGGAGCUGACUUUAAUUAGGUGUUUAAUCCCUAUGGAUCCAUGGAAUAAUGGAAUAAAGUUCCAAUAGAGGCGGUAAACACAAGGGCUGUAUAAUAAUAAAAUAAUAAAAAUAUACCUGGGACAUGCAUAAGGCUAUCCUAAGAAAACAAUAUGUAACAUGGUUAGACUUGGUUCUUAUCUAUCUAUGUUACCUGCAUCAUAUUAAUCACAGUAAAAUAAUAAUGACAACAUGUUUUGUCUAUGAAUAUGUUUUUCGUAUGUAUUUACAACCUGUAUAGAUUCCAAGCGGCACAAUGAUGGCUGAUGACAUAGCAGAGAUCUGCAGUUCACCUGACGGGGGACAACCUAAGUUUGAUGAAGUUGCUGUUUACUUUUCUAAGGAAGAAUGGGAAUAUUUAGAAGACGAUCAAAAAAAUCUUUACAAGGACGUGAUGAUGGAUAAUUAUAAUUCCCUUAGGUCUCUAGGUUGUGUAAAUAUGAUGCCUACAGUUGUGUCAAAGAUAGAACAUGGGGAGGAACCGUACGUUAAUAAUUCCCAUCAGACCAAGCUGCUGUCGUCAAUAGAGACUAAAAAAGAUUCUUUGAACUGUGGUACUGUUAAAAAUGGGGUUUCCUAUGAUUCAGCAGAAUUUGUAGUCGACAACAGGGCCAACAAAAAUUCUAAAAAUCUAAACCACAUUAGAGUAAAAGUGGUUAAGUUGAAUGGAAAAAAGUUGAAAAAAACAGGCGGCCAUAAAGAAUCCACAAUAUCUUCUAUAAAUGACCAACAUGAAAAUAUAAAGACAGACUUUUCUGCUAACAAUUAUGAUAAAAACAGAAAAGUACAGAAAAUUAGGAAGAAAAGAUCAAGAAAGAAAUAUACAGUUGACAAUGAAGAGAAGACGAUUCCUUGUUUAGAAUGUGGGAAAUUCUUUGCAAGAAAAACGCAUCUUCGUGUGCAUCAAAGAAGUCACUCAGGAGAAAAACCAUUUCCGUGUCCUGAAUGCGGGAAAUAUUUUAGCUGUAAUUCAAGUCUCGUAAGACAUCGGUUUCUUCAUACAGGACAAAAACCUUUUACGUGCAAUCAGUGUGGUAAAUCCUUUAGCUGUAACGGAAACAUGAUCAGGCACCAGAGUAUACACUUAGAAGAGAAAGCCUUUGCGUGUUCGGAAUGCGACAAAUGUUUUAGGGACAAAGUUCAGCUUCGUGCACAUCAGAGGAGUCACAGCGGCGAUAAACCCUUCGCAUGUACAGAAUGUGGGAAAUGCUUUAGCCAGAAAUCACAUCUCGUGAUCCAUCAGAAGAUACACACGGGAGAAAAGCCGUUUUCGUGUGCUGAAUGCGGGAAAGAUUUCAUCCGUAAAUAUCAUCUUGCCGUGCAUCAAACAGUUCACUCAGGAGAAAAACUAUUUGAGUGUUCUGAAUGUGGGAAAUAUUUUAGCCGUAAAUCUCAACUGGUGACCCAUCAAAACACUCAUAAAGGAGAAAGGCCAUUUAUGUGUUCAGAGUGUGGAAAAUGCUUUGGCCAGAAGUCACAUCUUCUUAUUCAUCAAAGGAUUCAUACGGGGGAUAGACCAUUUGCAUGUAAUGUUUGUUCAAAAUGCUUUAUUACAAAAUCAGAACUUGUCAGGCAUUACAGAAUUCACACAGGAGAAAAACCUUAUCAGUGUUCUGUAUGUGGGAAGUGUUUUAGCCGUAAAUCGCAUCUUGCUUUGCAUCAAAGGACCCAUAUAAGAGCUCCAACAUUAACCUGAUUUGAAACACGUUUUGUAUAAACAACAGAUAUCUGUGAUUUAGCAAGUUACAUAUACAUACAGACCCACAUAUGAAUACUUUGGAUCCUUACAGGCAUAACAGGAUAAGCUAGUUACCAAAUGGAGGAAUAGGCCCUUCUUCAACAUUAUCAUUCUUGA